AUGUUCGCACGUGUCGCUACGACUAGGAUCCCCUGGGAACUUCUUUCGUCUGCCUGCCCUAAGCAUCAAAAGGAGGCUUUUUACGAUAUCAAAUCAAAGACUGACGCUGUCGUUGCAAAAAUUACAAAUCUUCCCGAGACUCUUCCACAAAUAAACUUUGAUCACUACCGUAAGAACGUGUCCGAUCCUAAUGUUGUUGAAAGUCUCAAAAAGUCCUACGAAUCUUUCGUCGUCCAGUUUUCUAAGAAUGCAUCGAGCUUUGCCGAACUAUCAGAAAAGGAAGUUCCGUUACUUUCUGCUAUGGAAGAGCUGCCUCCUUAUGAUGAAAUGAAUCAGGAAAAGCUUGCUGCUUACUUCCCCAAUACAUGGCUUAUAUAUUCAAAAAAAGAGGAUCAACACAAGAAAACUGGGGCUACAAUAUUGGCCCAAGAUGCUCCCAAAACUCAUUGGGAUUUAACUUAG